GCCAUGCGCGGGGCGCGCCGUCUCCUGGCAACGCGGGAUGGCGGCGCGCGAGCAGGAGCUCUGCCGCGGGGAGCGGAGCCCCGAGCAGCCCCACCGCGAGCAGCAGUGCCGGGAAUACCUGCGGCAGCACCGCAUCCCCGAGCUGCUGCACCGCCUGAGCGCGCUGCUGCUCUACCACCGUCCCGAGCGGCCCCGGGAGUUCCUGAUCCAGGCGCUGGAGAGGGUGGCGGCCGCGAGGCGAGCGGAGGGCGAGUUCCCCGACCUGAUGGACGACGCCAACCUGGGUGCCAUGUUCGGGCUGCUGGACGUGUUGGGCCAAGGCCACGUUACGGCCCCGCAGUUCAGGGAAGCACUUAAGACUCUGGGACUGGGCACUGAAGAUCUGCAGACUGGAGAUGAUGCAAAUAUCACACUGGACACAUUCAAGGAAGAAGUGAAGAAAAAGAUGCUGGAGAGCUGGGCUGUGUAUUAGUUUGUGCAGUCUGCUCAAUUCUCCUUCUGGCAUGUCAGGUGGUGAUAGCUGAUUUUAGGCAGUACUGUUUUUCUCAUGUCCCCACGCUGUUGGAGCAAUCAUC